AUGGAUCUCCGUGUCAGUGAAAACAGCCCCAUCCACGUCGUCAAAGCCUGCUAUGCGGACGACGCGCCCGACCUCGUUGCCAUCGGUGGCGACAACUUUGUCAAUGUCAUCCAGAUUAGCGAAACGGCCGCAACAACUAUCGCGUCCUUCCAUGUCGGUACACGGAUAACUGCACUUGCAUGGUCAUCGAGAACCAUCUCUCCGUCGUCUUCAGACGACUGGCUGCUUGAACUAACUGCUGCCUCUGCCGACUUUGGUCUCCACCUCCUCACGAAAUCCCAUAACGAGAAUGAAGACAUAUUCCCAUUCGGAGGUGGCCUAUCAGGCCACCACGGUUGUAUAAAUGACAUGACGUUUUGUGGAGGAAGAACGGAAGAUAGUGCUCGUUAUGUCGCCACAGUGUCCGAUGACAAGAUGCUCAUGGUCUGGGACCUCCAUCCAAACCUUGACAUCCCAUCCGUUAUGGGAUCUCCUAGCCCUACCCGAAACCUCAGUCCUCCGGGAAGCUCGAGUAAACGCGCCCAACCCACCGCCUACCCAGUCCCUUUCCCCCGUGCUCUGACCUCUGUCAACUCCCACCCAUCCACCGCAAAAGAGCUUCUAGUAUCAGACAGUCACGGAUCUAUCUUUCUCAUCGACUGGCGGAGCGAACCUCCCGAUUCAUCCUCCACCGAGUCUUGGCGUCACCAGUCUGUCGUCGAGCUUGUUGAGCCAAGAGCUCUAGCGGAUGCGACCGUAGGGACGUCCGCGCACUGGUCUGGCUCCGUCUCGUGGAGACGCGACUCUCCUGACAUUGUAGGAGCAGCAUACGGAUCCCGAUUCACCAUCUGGGAUCUUUCCAAGCUCUCAGGAGGCAAACCUACCGCCACAGGCUUCUCUUUCCCCGAAGGUUCCCAUCGCUUUCGAUGGUGUCAAACCUACCCAGAAUACUUCGCCAUCUCCACCCGGUCACCCUCCAAAGGCGCUCUCCUGAACAUCUACAACUCUUCCUACGCAGGCGCACACAGCACCGCCCAGCCCACCGUCUUCACCUUUGGCCCUCGUCCUCUCCGCGUGCAAGACUUUGACUUUCUCGCGAUGCGGGGGAUCCCCCGGAUAGCUGCCGCCGUCGGCAGAGAGUUGAUCGUCUUCCUCAUCGGCGUCGAAUGAUGAUGAUCCACAUCCCACCAAUCGCGACGUCUCGAGUGUGGAUUGAUGUGAUGCAGUCGUCUGAGUUUCGGGGAAUUAUCUUAAGAGAAGGAAGGGUGGGCUGAUUUACACGGUGGUACUAUAUACAGUACGGUCUGUAUGGCUGUUGCAGACACAGUGCUUGCUUGCUGGCGAUCAGCGGCUAUAUUCUUGGUAUCAGCUAUCAAUGUUCUAAACCUUGC